ACUAGCCGCUGCAGCCCCUUCCUUGAGUGUGCCGCUCUCCAGCCCGCUUGAACGCCGCUAAGCCCAACUCGCAUCCUGAGCUCUACUUCCACCACUUCCAACAGGUCAAGGAACAGGACUCACUAUCGGACCAAAGCUGUGAGCUCCGAGGUGGAUGAAAGCCUCUUCGGAGGCAUCAAGCCCCCGGCCCAGGGCCAGAGGGACAGCCCCAUUGUGCUGCUCCGGGACAAGAACACCAUUCGAAAAGCUCUCACUACUCUGGGUGUGGACCACAAGCCGGAGACCAUCCAAGUCAUCACCCGGGACAUGGUCCGAGAACUCAUCAUUCCCACAGAGGAUCCCUCAGGGGAGUCCCUCAUCAUCAGCCCCGAGGAGUUUGAGCGAAUCAAAUGGGCAUCCCACAUCCUGACCAAAGAAGAGCUGGAGGCCAAGGAGCAGGCCUUCAAGAAGGAAAAGGAAGCCAUCAUGGAUGCCGUGGCAACGCGCAAGAAGAUCAUGAAGCAGAAGGAAAUGGUGUGGAAGAGCAAUAAGAAGCUCAGUGACCUGGAGGAGGUGGCCAAGGAGCGGGCCCAGAACCUCCUGGAGAGAGCCAACAAGCUGCGGAUGGAGCAGGAGGAGGAGCUCAAGGACAUGAGCAAGAUCAUCCUCAACGCCAAGUGCCACGCCAUCCGGGAUGCCCAAAUCCUGGAGAAGCGGCAGAUCCAGAAAGAACUGGACACGGAGGAGAAGCGGUUGGAUCAGAUGAUGGAGGUGGAACGGCAGAGAUUCAUUCAAAGGCAGGAGGAGCAGGACAGGAAGAGGAGGGAGGAGAGAAUACGAGGAAAACGGCACAUUGUGGAACAGAUGGAGAAGAACCAGGAGGAGCGAUCUCUCCUGGCUGAGCAGCGGGAGCAGGAGAAGGAGCAGAUGCUGGAGUACAUGGAACAGCUCCAGGAGGAGGAUCUGAGGGACAUGGAACGAAGGCACCAGCAAAAACUGAAGAUGCAAGCCGAGAUUAAGCGCAUCAAUGACGAAAACCAGAAACAGAAAGCAGAGAUGCUGGCUCAGGAGAAGCUGGCAGACCAGAUGGUGAUGGAGUUCACCAAGAAGAAGAUGGCUCGAGAAGCAGAAUUUGAGGCUGAGCAGGAGAGAAUCCGGAGGGAGAAGGAGAAGGAGAUCGCCCGCCUGAGGGCAAUGCAGGAGAAGGCCCAGGACUACCAGGCAGAACAGGAUGCCUUGCGGGCCAAGCGCAACCAGGAGGUCGCAGACAGAGAGUGGCGCAAAAAGGAAAAGGAGAAUGCACAGAAGAAGAUGGAAACUGAGGCCAAGCUGCGGAAGAGUCGGCUGGAGCAGGUGGCUUUCAAGGAGCAUGCACUGGCCGUUCAGGUGCAACGGGACCGGGAUGAGUUCGAGAGGAUUCUUCGGGCUCAGAGAGAGCAGAUUGAGAAGGAGCGGUUGGAGGAGGAGAGAAAGGCCACCGGGCGUCUGCAGCACGCCAACGAGCUCCGGCGCCAGGUGCGCGAGAACCAGCAGAAGCAGGUCCAGAGACGGAUCGCCACCUUCGAGGAGGGCCGGCGCCUCAAGGAGGAGGCCCAGAAGCGGCGGGAGCGCAUUGAGGACAUCAAGAGGAAGAAACUGGAAGAGCUGAGAGCCACCGGCCUUCCCGAGAAGUACUGCAUCGAAGCAGAGCGCAAAGCUAACAUCCUGCCAGCUGCCUCUGUGAACUGAGGGGCGCCUUUGUGCCCUCGGAAUGCCUUCAGGGAACAGAUUCUGCCCAGUCUCUGGGUGUCCAUGAUUGCUGCUCACCUAGACAUUUCAUGGCUACAGAUUAAAUCUAUUCCGCAUCUUUAAGGAA